AUGAUGAUGAUGAUGAGACUCCUGCUGCUACUGCUAUUACUCCUAAUCAGUUGUGCUACUGCCACUCCAUCCAACCAAGACGAUGACGGUAGCAGUAGUCUCCGCAUCUGCAGUCUAUCGGGUGGCCUGGAUGUACUGCGGUUGUCGAGUGUUUCGAUCCGUCGCGCCUUUCAAGGAUCUCUGGAAGAUGUCGAGUACAUUCGUUGCUACGUGGUGGAAGCCGCGUACAACAAGAAUCUCCAAGGAUCAGUGGGUGCCAGCAGUAUGAUGACACUCGACCAAUUGGCGCAUUCUUUGGAUACUCUAGCCCGAAAUGUUUCUACCAACGCAACGACGCUGUCCGUGGGAUUGGGGUACGCGGACGAUCGUCCCAAUCGACGAGUGGAACGAGUGGUCAGUCUGGCUAAUCCAUCACCCUUUGUGGGAACCAAGGAAACCGAUCUGGCGCUCAUUGACAGUGUUGCCAAUAUCUUUCCGUGGAUGGUUCAACGAACAGCAUUUUCUAGAGACAACAACAGCAGUACUGAUGACAGUACUAGUACAGCAUUUUCUAGAGACAACAACAGCAGUACUACUAGUACUUCUAUUCAACAAGACGACCGCCUGUAUGUGGCGGCUUGGAUUGGCAGUAGUGGAGAAGCCUGGAUGUACUAUCCUCCCUUUCAAGAAAUCACGGGACAACAUCCCAUGACAUUUGCCGAUGUCGCAGGAGAUCAUUAUAAUAGUCGUCAAGAAGAGUUUGUACAACCCAAUCUACCACCCCACAUUAUUCACAAGCCAUACUUUACACCACCGUAUCCGGAUACUGCCAUUCCCGGACUUUCACUCAUUACCGCACAGGCGCCCAUUUACUUUGCAGGCGAAUUCAUGGGAUUUCACUAUCCUAAAACUGAUCCAUCAUCCGACAACCAAAAAGACCACUUAAGAUACAGCAAUCCGUAUGGGACGUACAUUGCCAGUACAGGAGUGGACAUUUCUGUGGCAUCCAUGUCCUCGCUCUUACUAGAACCACUGGAAGGCACCGCCACUCCAGGAAGCUUUGCCAUGGUCGUAUCUGCCACAAGUAGUACCCUCCACACCAUUCUCAUUUCUCAGUCCACCGUUCAAAAGCUAUAUCCCACUCGCACGGGCAUGGAAGAAGCCAGGGUCACUUACCGCAACAAUGAUCCCUCGAGUGGUACCAUUCUGUUGGAUCGACGCAAUCAAACCUAUCAAGUCAGUGAUACCCUUGUCCAACCGCCCACGCUUCUUGACAAUGCCAAUUGGAAGCAUCUGGCGACACAAGUACAAGCCUUGCAACCGGGAGAACGGUCCUUUACCAAACUCGAUAUUACACUGACAGGACAGCAGGAAGCAACAUCCUACUAUGUGCUCUACGAACGGUGGCCCACCGUGGCCGAUUGGGUCACGCUCCUCUUUGUUCCACAGGAUGAACUCGAUUCCGCCAUGGCCGUGCAAGUCGUGGAACCAUCACCGGGGGAAGGAUUGUUUCUACAAACCACAACAACAGCCAUGCACACAGACAAUGACAGCAGUACUAGUCAAGACGAAGAAGAAUCCACCCAAACGACACCAAGAACCCAAAUGGUGAUUCAAAACACGGGCAGUCUCAAUGUGCGCAUUCGCAUGGAAAAGAUGCCGUCUUGGCUGCGAUUGCUCUCUCCCGUGUCCGAAUGGGCGUUUGAACAAGACGUGGUCAAUCCAAACGACUAUUCGGCCAUCCUACCGGCGGGACAAAACGUGACGCUUCACUUUCGACUCAAUGAUGAUCACGGUGGAGUAGGAUAUGCGGGAGUCAUUGCCCUCACGGUCGAGGAUGCCGACGAACAAGAUAACUGUUACUUUGAUGCCGUCCUGACCACCAAUGUCCACUUGACCGUGGUGCAUCGAGAAACACUGGAGCGAGUACGACCGUACGGAUUGGUCUUAUCGGCGCUCGUUGUGGCAUCGGCCGUGGCAUGGUCCGUAUGGGUCGUACGACAGGCGGAUCAUCGUGUCAUUCGCGCCUCGCAACCCGUCUUUCUGCAUAUGAUGUGCGGGGGCGUACUCAUUAUGGGGCUGAGUAUCAUUCCCCUCAGUAUCGAUGAUUCCAUUGCUGGUAGUAAUGAUGGCUGUGACAAGGCUUGCAUGGCCUUUCCGUGGUUGCUGAGUAUGGGAUUCUCCAUUACAUUUGCCGCGCUCUUUAGCAAGAUUCGACGCAUCAACAUGAUUGUCGCCAAUACCAAGCAGUUUCGGCGUGUCACUGUCUCUACGAGCGAUGUCAUGGUCCCCUUUGUCGUCAUUUGUUCCUUGAAUGUUACCAUUCUGAGCAUUUGGACCAUCGUCGAUCCCUUGGUUUGGAUGCGGGAGGACAGCAGUAGCAGCAGCAGCGCCGAGGGGGGAGUGGCUUCGGUGGGAUACUGUUCGUUCAAUGACAGUGUCUUCUCUGUGACUUGUUCCAUCCUGCUCGUGUUGGUCAACUUUAUGGCGGUGGUGUCAUCCUUGGUGCAGCUCUACCGGGCGCGAGGGCUGUCGACCAUGUACAGCGAGGGCAAGUACAUUGCCAUGGCCAUGGGAAGCAUGCUGCAAGCAUUCCUGAGUGGAAUCCCCAUCUUGGCAGUGGUGACUGACAGUCCCCAGGUGGCCUACUUUGUCAAGAGCACCAUUGUCUUUGUAGUGGCCAUGUCCUUGCUGACAUUGACAUUUCUGCCCAAGUUCUUUAUUCAGCAGAAGGAACAGUCGGGAGACCGUACCAACAGCAUCCGAAGUGGGGAUGUUGUUGCCAACCGAGAACCAUCACCCAGCGCCGCCUGUCAGUGGGUAGGCUCCUCCGAGAUUCCUCCCAGCGAAGCACCUGAUCCUGAGCUGGCGGGAACUACUACGCGACCCAGCGAGAAUCAAGCAUCCUGGAAUCAGCACAACCAUGUCGCACCAGUCAGUUGUGGUAGAGCUUCUGCCGAGGACAGACGAUCCAUUCCAACUCGAAGCCGGCGUGCCGUCUCGUCCAUCUCGGAUCUAUCCAUGACUUCCUAUGGUACCGAAAGCUGGGAGUAUGGUGGUGAACCACCCGUUCUUCCCGAGGGGCAGCUACGUUCCUUCCAUCAUCACUUUGACCAAGUUUCCGCCGAAGCUGCCCCACCCAAGCUCCCAGCACGACCCAUCUCUGCUGUACUGGAGAAUGACAACAUGGACGACACUAGUAGUAGUAGUACCAAUCUGGAAACAUUCUCGGAUGAAGGAUCGACGCACCAAAAAACAACGAGAACCUCCGAAGAGGAUGCCAACACCAAGAUUAGCUCCUCCAUCCACAGCAACGCUACAGUGCCUCGAAGACUUCCGUCCUUGGUGGAAGAGGCAGCCGUUCCUGCACCACCGACAACUAUGCGCCAACGACAGUCGAGCGUUAACAGCAAUGCUUCACUGCCCGUGCGACUCCCGUCGGCCGUCGAGGACGAUUGA